AUGUCUGAAGAGAUCAGCCCACUCGCGGAGCUGCUUGGGCUCGCAGUCUAUCAUUUCGAACGCCUGAAACCCCUCCUACCAACCUACGGACACUUGCUCAUCGCAGCACUCUUUCCUAUCUGGAUUGGCGCGCAUGCCUCUCUUUCUCGACCGUCCUCUGCUGCCAAAGCUCCCAAGAAAGACGACGAGAAGGAUGGAAAUUAUACCGAUGAUGACGGGUCCGAUGAUGAGUCGGGCUCAGUCCAGAAAAUGGAGGGGCUUGAGCCAUCCGAUGCUCUCAUGUUCCCGUUGACUGCAGGUCUGACCCUGGGAGGCUUGUAUCUGGUGAUCAAAUGGCUGGAAGAUCCCGCGAUUCUCAACAAGAUUCUCAGCUACUACUUCUCGUGGAUGGGUGUGUUCUUCGCCAUCGCAUUUCUCAGGGAUACCUUCUCGAUUGUCCGAUCGUUCGUCUUCCCGAGACGCUAUCACUCUGGUGGGAAGAUAUGGCAUGCGAAACAGUCAGAGCGUAUCUUCGUUGCUCAAUCGGUGAACAGAUCAGAAGUCACGACACAUAUCCGACACUCGCCUCUUCCCGGAAUAUUUGGCGCAAUCCCGGUACCAAAGCCGGUCCUUGCAUUGCUUUGGGCUUCUCGCCAUGUGUUUUACCAACGGUUACGGCUGCGGGCUCAUAUUCGUGGGUUGUUCGAUGUCAAAACCUUUGUGGGCCUGCUUGACCUUCUCAGUGGGCUCUUCGCUCUUGCUGCUGUGGGGUACUUUGCCUUUGUGACAAAGCCUUGGUGGCUGACCAACUUCUUGGGCUUUAGCUUCAGCUACGGAGCUCUGCAGUUUAUGUCACCAUCCACCUUUUGGACGGGUUCAUUGAUUCUAGGAUCUUUGUUCUUUUAUGACAUCUACUUUGUCUUCUUCACCCCAUUGAUGGUCACUGUUGCCACCAAGCUAGAUGUUCCCAUCAAGCUUCUUUUCCCUCGACCACCGAGUCCUGGUCAAGAAUCAGAUGUUCAAUCAUUGGCCAUGCUUGGCUUGGGAGAUAUUGUCAUCCCCGGAAUGAUGAUUGGAUUGGCACUACGUUUUGACCUAUUCCUCUACUACCGCCAGAAAGGAAUUCAACAAGCGCAGCUGCAAGGUCUCAGCGAUAAGACUACCAAGCCUCAGUACCAACGGGCGACCGGAGCAUGGGGAGAACGGUUCUGGGCCCCAGCGGUGAGACCACAAGUACCCGAAUUCAAACCUCCCUACUCGGACGCGCGAUCUUUCUCCAAGGUGUACUUCAAAGCUAGUGUUUUUGGAUACGUCGUUGGAAUGAUCACUACCUUACUCGCGAUGCAAUACUCCAACCAUGCCCAGCCUGCACUACUCUACUUGGUCCCUGGCGUCCUGAUUUCACUGUGGGGUACGGCUUUUUUCCGUGGCGAGACUAGCAUCAUGUGGGAUUUCUCUGAUGCCGAGGAGGAGGAUGAAGAGGGCGAAGGUGAAGACAAGAAGGAAGGUUCUGACAAGGAGAAGAGCGAUGAUACUGCUCCGCAGGAGCAGAAGAACUUUUUUGCGCGUCUCAUGUCCGGUGAUCUAAAGCUGUUCACGCCAGGGCCCAAGGAUGCUGCUUCGAAGGAGUCUCAGAAGGAGAACGGCAAGGACCUGGAUGACAAAAACGGCAAUCGCGAAGGAGACGCCGAAACCGACAAGUCGAAGGAAGCUGAUUCCAAGAAACAGCGGGAGAAGGACCUGAAAGGCCAAGGCGGCCUGGACUUGAUCUCGUUUUCGAUUUCCUUUCCCGAAAAGACUCAGAAAAAAGCUAGUCCUGAUUCUGCGGAACGCUCUGCCACGGAAAAAGAUUCAAUGGUGACUAUCCCAGACAUUGGUGAUUGGAAUGAUGAUGAGCCUCCACUGAAGAAGCGACGUGGAACCCCCAGAAAGGCGGCGAUGCAUUGA